CCGAGAGCAGUAGAGCUGAAUUCACGUCCUCAGGCGUCAUAUGUUACAAAAGCAACGAAAGUUGGACUUCUCGCUCUUAAAAUUGUUAUACCUUAGAAUUCAAGUUCUCAUACAGUACGAUAUCGUACUCGCCGCUCUAAAAGUUAGUAGAGCCUCGCUUACUGGCCGCUCAAGGGAACUUGAUCUAGUACAUCGCAUGUCUGCAGUCCAUGCACAAGCACCUGAUUCAUGAUGAACCAUGGCUAAUUUGCGGAUAUACACUCGAGACUUUCCUCAGCGCAUUGUUGCCCUGGCCACUGUUGAGUACGUGCUGAUAUUCCAAGCCGAGACCCUGAGCGAACAACGUCGCGACGGCGAGACCACAACGCGAUGCCUAGUCGACCUUGUCCCUGUAUCCUCUGUCAAUCUUGAAGAUUAUCAAAUUCGGGGUAGCGGCUAUGGUACUCUCGGGCUUAUCAACUUGGAUGAUGAUGUUUUUCUCAGUGUCAUCACCGGCUCGUCAAAAGCCGCUACCGUGCGGCCUGGAGAAUCCGUGUACAGAAUAGACACAGUAGAUUUCUUCUGUUUGAGCCAUUCUAGAUAUGAAGAUAGACUUCCUUAUGAUGCGAACUUCUCUAUUGCAGCUGAACCAGCCAGGACCGAACCCGAGUAUGAAUCCAGGGAUGCGGCCAUUGAUGUUCCUUUUAUGUCCAUGAAGAAACUGCUCAGCGAUGGCAGUUUCUAUUACAGUGUCGAUUUCAACCUUACGGAUCGAUUACAGGAUCGAUCUGAUAAGUCGGCAACUUUCGAUGUGGAGUCCUUGGAUGAGGAUAUGCUCUGGAAUGCGUACCUCAUCAGUCCUCUGCUCAAUUUCAGGAAGCACCUAUCUCCUGCUGAGAAGGAGCAUCUUGAUACCUCGCGCAUCCUGACCUGUGUUAUACGAGGUUUCUGUGGCACACUAACAAUACCAUCUUACGCUCCAAUUUUGCCACAAGGCCACACGCGCCUUCCCUCAUCGUUGACAAUAAUCUCACGCCAAUCGUCUCGGCGUGCGGGCACGAGAUUCAAUUCUCGCGGCAUAGACGAUGAUGGUCAUGUAGCCAAUUUCGUUGAAACCGAGACAAUUCUCUGGGUUGCUCCUCAUAUUACCUUUUCUUAUGUUCAACUGCGUGGAUCGGUACCGAUUUUCUGGGAGCAAGCCACAGGCUUUCUUCCAGGACAGCAGAAAAUCGAAGUAACCAGAUCUGUUGAGGCAAGCCAACAUGCCUUCCACAAACAUUUCAAGAACCUGGAACUGAAAUAUGGCGCCAUACAUGUGAUCAAUCUUCUGAGCGAACACAGGCCGGGAGAGGUUGAACUCUCGAGAAAAUUUCGGGAACUCAUCAAAAGAGACCCUAUAAGUCAAAAAGCGGCACUUCGACCCCUCUCGGACCACAGCCUUCUGCAACUCACGGAAUUCGAUUUCCAUGCGGAGACCCGGGGACCAACAGGAUAUGGUGCUAGCAGUCAGAUAAAAUCAGAGAUCUUUCAUUCUCUUCAAGGCUUCGCGUACUUUCAGACAGAGGAAGCCGACAUCGUAAGUUUCAACGAAAAGUCGAACUCGUUAAGGAACACGGUCAUACUACAGCAAGAAGGAGUUUUUCGAACCAAUUGCCUUGAUUGUCUCGACAGGACGAACCUUGUGCAAUCGAUAAUAAGCUCCAUGGCUCUUGCUGAGUUUCUUCGUCAACAAGGCAGUAUCUUAGGCGAUGAUCUUGAAUUGAGGCACUCAACUCUAUGGGCUGACAACGGAGAUGCUUUGUCUAAGAUCUACGCAGGCACCGGUGCCCUGAAAAGCUCGUUUACUCGACAUGGCAAGAUGUCGAUCGCAGGUGCAUUGGCAGAUGUUCGAAAGACUGCGGCUCGCAUUUAUGUCAAUAACUUUUCUGACAAGGCCCGUCAGCAAACAAUAGAUCUUCUACUGGGUCGCCUGACAGGCCAGAACCCGGUCCAUAUAUCUGAUCCGGUCAAUGAUCGAAUCAUAGACGAAUUGGACCAGCUAUCAUCUGAAUAUUCCUCUUUCAAGUCGAUUGAGAUUUGGGCUGGAACAUUCAACCUUAACGGGCGUUAUCCGGGACCUGAUAUUGAUCUGCGGCCCUGGUUGCUUUCGUGUUUCAGCCAUCAGAGCGACAGUCCUCGGAUCAUUGCAGUUGGGUUUCAGGAGAUCGUUACGCUAAGUCCGCAGCAGAUAAUGUCGACUGACCCUACCACCCGCAAAGUAUGGGAGCAGACUGUACAAAGCUGCCUUAACGCUGAAGCAAGGAUGAGAAAGGUUCCCAAAUAUGCUCUCCUGCGAGGCGGCCAAUUGGUUGGGGCUGCUCUCAUGGUAUUUGUGAGGGAGGAUAGCUUGAAUUAUAUCAAGAAUGUUGAAGGUAGUGUGAAGAAGACUGGUCUUUCAGGAAUGGCUGGCAACAAAGGAGGCUGUGCAAUUCGCUUCGAGUUUUCGAACACCCGAAUUUGUUUCGUCACUGCUCAUCUUGCUGCCGGCUUUGCUAAUUAUGAUGAGAGGAACAGAGAUUAUGAUACAAUACUCCGUGGGCUUCGAUUCUUGAGGAAUAGAAGUAUUGAAGACCACGACACCAUCGUAUGGCUUGGGGAUUUUAACUAUAGAAUCGGCCUUGGCAACCAGCUCGUUAGAGACUUAGCUCUUCAGGGAGAUUACCAAAAGCUUUACGAUAACGACCAGUUAAAUAUACAAAUGCUAGCGGGCAGGGUCUUCCACUUCUACACGGAAGGGCCCAUCGCUUUUCCGCCAACGUAUAAAUAUGAUAUUGGAAAUGAUGAUUAUGACACCUCGGAAAAAGCACGUAUACCUGCUUGGUGCGACAGAAUUCUAUGGAAAGGGUCGAAUCUCCGACAGAUUGACUAUGAUACUGCCAAUCUGCGAUUCUCAGAUCACAGGCCAGUCUGGGCCACGUUUACAUGCCUUAUCAGCAUUCUCAAUGAAGAACAAAAGGCUCGUCUUCAGCACAUGCUCUAUAGCAAAUACCAACAUAGUCCUUGCGCCGUGGUUACGAGUAAAGUAAAGCGAGCAGACACAGGUUCUGGAUUUCUAUCUCACAUUGGAAAUGCUACGAGAAUCGAGCACUCGGCUAUUAACUCCACAUACGACAAAUGGUGGUUAUGUCAAGGCAAGCCUGUGAGAUCGCAAGUGAUACCUCCAGCGCACAACUAUAUUUGGAACAUUCAUCGUAAUUCAAAUCCCUUUUUGUGGGACCAAAAUGACUGGAUCGAAAUAUCACCCCCUGAUGGAAAGCUCAGUGAUACGCACAGGCCGCCUUUACCACCGAGGAUGAACCUCCUAGUGAACCAAAGUAAUCGAACUUUCCAUGAUUCAGAAAGGCAGCCCGUCGAUGCUACCAUUGAGCUACCUAGAGCGCCUUACCAAGCGAGCCCACAAACUCCAAAAAUGAGCAGGCCAACUUCUCAGAGCUUGAAACACAACCAUGACAACCCACAACCAUCAACAAGCACAACACAGUGGAAUGGAGGGGAAGUGGCACCAGUUCCGUAUGAUUCAGGCCCAAAAGACGUUGCUGCUAGGUCGAUGUCUCGCAAGAACCAUAGUGAUCUAUUGGGCCAAGCCAUUGGUGACAAGCUCAGCUGGGAACCGCUUAGCCCUCAAUAAUUUAGGUUUAUCGUAUCCGCCUAUAUGGUGCAGAGGAAUGAAUAUGAGUUUACAUUUCGGAGACAGAUCCCGC